AUGGCUCGUCGCCCGUCACGCUGCUACCGCUUCUGCAAGAACAAGCCGUUCCCGAAGUCGCGUUUCUGCCGUGGUGUGCCUGACCCGAAGAUCCGCAACUUCGAUAUUGGCAAGCGCCGUGCCACGGUGGACGAGUUCCCCGUGUGCAUUCACGUGGUUUCCCGCGAACUCGAACAGAUCUCCUCGGAGGCACUGGAAGCGGCCCGUAUUCAGGCCAACAAGUACAUGGUGAAGCGCGCCAACAAGGAGGUGUUCCACAUGCGCAUCCGCGCCCACCCGUUCCACGUGGUGCGCAUCAACAAGAUGCUUUCCUGCGCUGGCGCCGAUCGUCUGCAGACGGGCA